AUGGGUGACAAACAGUCGCUGCUCGACAUGGAAAGGGAAGCCAAUGGAUUACGGCGAACGGCUUUCUUCGGCGUCGCCAUCUCAACAAUGGCCACGUUGGUGUGUAUUGUAUCGGUACCGAUGCUGUACAACUACAUGCAACACAUGCACACAAUCAUGCAAAGCGAGAUUAAUUUUUGUAAAAUGCGUACUGGGAACAUUUGGAAGGAAGUUACGCGGACGCAGGUUGAUUUGUCAGUGUUCUGCUCUGGAGUUCUUGCUCAAGUUUAUCCAUCCCAAAACGCACUGUCAUCUCGGGCUACUCGGCAAGCAGGCUACGGCCCUAAUGCAGCAGCUGUAGAAUCCGCAAGUCCAUUUGGGGUCUGCUGUGGUUGCGGUGUAAGUCCACAAGGCCCACCCGGUCUCCCUGGACCAGAUGGAAUGGAAGGGGAAGAUGGACCUGCAGGACUACCCGGAAGAGAUGGGCCUGACGCGCCGCCUCCAAUACCACAAAAAGAACCGGAAUGGUGCUUUGACUGUGCGGAAGCUCCUGCAGGGCCUCCUGGCAGGCCUGGACCUAAAGGGCCUCGUGGUGGUCCAGGUGCUCCUGGAAAUGAUGGAGUCAGUGGGAAUCGAGGACCUCCGGGACCUGUAGGACCGGUAGGGCCAGCAGGGGAGCCAGGCCAGCCAGGUCAGCCCGGAGCUCGAGGAGUGCCCGGAAAACUUAACGAAGUUCCCGGACCUGAUGGACCACCAGGACCUCCAGGACCUCAAGGGCCUCCAGGAGAAGACGGUAAAAACAUCAUCAAUAUAUGA